AUGGACCAAAUGAAGAAAGUCAUGGAGGAAAUGAGAGAGAACAUGAGAAGGGCGAAUCUGAUAGAAGAUUUGGUCCACAGAACUGAUUCCCCUUUUACGACUUCCAUUAACGGUCACUCUCUACCAUUAAAGUUCAAGUUGCCUUCUUUUGAUUCGUAUGAUGGAACAUGCGACCCGUUUAAUCACAUUGCCACCUUUAAGACCACUAUGCAUCUUCAAGGGGUUCCCGAUGAAAUAAUGUGUAGAGCCUUCCCUACUACCCUCAAGGGCCCAGCACGAGUUUGGUUCAGCAAAAUACCCCCGAAUUCGGUAAAUUCUUUUGAAGAGUUGAGCAAGUUGUUUGUUAAUAAUUUCAUUGGGGGACAAAGACACAAGCGUUCCUCGUCCAGCUUGUUAACCAUAGAGCAAGGGGAGAAUAAGAGCCUACGGUCAUUCAUCACUCGUUUCAACAGAGAAGCCCUGAGUGUGGACGAAGUAGAUGAUAAGCUUCUAUUGACAGCCUUCCAUAAUGGGGUGAAUUUGGAUUUAUUUAUACAUAAACUCUAUGAAAAAGAGCCUCAGUCCAUGGUUGAACUUGUCCAUUCGGCCCAAAAUUUUAUGAAUGCAGAAGACACGAUCAUCGCUAAGAAGAGGAAGAGAUCUGAGAGAGUAGAAGCAAACCCCAGUCUUCAUUCUGAGCAAGGCUCUCGUCCAAAGAAGGGACGGACGGAAGAAAGGAAAGACCGAGAUAAUAAGAAGCCAGGCUCUUCAGCAUGGAAUCAGGAUCAUGGUCAUGAUACAGACGAGUGUUUUGAUUUAAAGCAGCAAAUUGAAAAUCUCAUAAGGCAAGGGAAGUUGAGGAAUUUCCUUGGACGAGAAUACAAGGACGAGAAACUGAAAGGGAAGAUGGAAGAAUCAUCGCGACCACCACUCGGAGAAAUAAGAGUUAUCAUAGGGGGAAGUUCGACAGGCCAGUCGUCCAAAUCCAAGAAAGCAUACUUGAAGGUAGUGCAGAGCGUCCAACUUUCUGGACGAUCACCUAGAGCAAGGUCCACGGACGAACAAGCAAUCACCUUCACAGAUGAAGAUGCUGAGAGAAUUCAUCACCCACAUGAUGAUGUUAUCGUCAUCACCUUACUUAUUGCUGACUACAGAACUAGAAGAGUGCAUGUGGACAACGGAAGCCCGGCAGACAUUUUAUAUUAUCCAGCUUUUCAGCAGAUGAGGUUAGAACGAGACCAGCUCCGUCCAGUAAACUCCCCCCUAGUAGGUUUUGAUGGAAUGAAGGUACAGCCUAUGGGUACUAUUUCCUUAUCAGUGGUAAUGGGGACAUACCCACGACAAAUCACCAAGGAUGUGAACUUCCUUAUGGUAGAUUGUUCAUCCUCAUAUAACGCCAUAAUUGGAAGGCCAACUUUAAAUAGUUGGAAGGCAGUUAAAUCUACCUACCACCUAUCAGUCAAGUUUCCAACAGAACAUGGAGUAGGAUAG